AUGUCAUCGGGGUGGCUGUAGUCGAGAGAAUGGUAUUUUAAUUUGAAACGAGUGCUACAGUCGGAAGUGGCUGAAGCCGCUCCUUGGCUGUUGGCUUUACAUCCAGUGUAAAAGAAUAGUGAGAGGCGUCGUCGUUUCGCAGAACAUUCGAGAGGUUUCCUCCCUGAAAAUAAGACUCUUCGAAAUAAACUCAUCAUCCACUUCUCUGUCGAGUCUGGCACCUGCAUCGUCUGGACGCUGUCAGGUGUUAAAGUUCCACGGUCACAAAUCCGCACAGAAGCCCUUCUGUAAUCGAUCCCGCACCAGCUCCAGCCAUCAGACACACCGUUCACUGCGGCGCUUGGACGAUCAGCGUUGUGUUUAUGUCUUUGUUUUGCGAAAACGAGCUGUUGCGCAGCCGUUGGAACCUGUGUGGUGGAAAUCUCGCCUUCAAGCAAGGAGCUUGCGGCCACAGCGGCACAACGUUUUUCAUGUCAGAGACCGAGCACGCUUGCAGUCGUUUAUGUCAUCCCCUCUUUUCCAGACAGAAGAUCCCGAAAAAUCCCCAACCAAGAUCCUUUUAUCUUACUGAUAGUGCUUACAUCCAGCCAAAAUGUCUGUCAACGUCAACCGCAGCGUUUCAGACCAGUUCUAUCGCUACAAGAUGCCCCGUCUGAUUGCCAAGGUUGAAGGCAAAGGGAAUGGAAUCAAGACGGUUAUUGUCAACAUGGUUGACGUUGCAAAGGCACUGAACAGGCCUCCAACAUACCCGACCAAGUUUUUUGGUUGUGAACUCGGCGCUCAGACCCAGUUUGAUACCAAAAACGACCGUUACAUCGUCAACGGAUCCCAUGAGGCGAACAAGUUGCAGGACAUGCUGGAUGGGUUUAUCAGAAAAUUUGUGCUGUGUACCGAGUGCGACAACCCUGAAACUGAUCUGCAUGUCAAUCCCAAGAAACAAACCAUCGGCACUUCCUGUAAGGCCUGUGGAAACCGUGGCAUGCUGGACACUAGACACAAACUGUGCACAUUCAUCCUCAAAAACCCACCAGAGAGCAAUGACAGUGGAUCCGCAUCUGCAAAGAAGGAGAAGGAGAAAAAGAACCGUAAGAAGGACAAGGAAAACGGCUCCGGAGGGGGAGAAGCUGGAAACCAUGGGGAAUUUGAUGCUCCUGAAGCUGUGGACAGGGACGACGACGACGAGGACUGGGCCGAAGAGACCACAGAGGAGGCGCAGAGGCGAAGAAUGGAGGAGAUUAGUGACCACGCCAAGAACCUGACACUCAGCGAGGACCUGGAGAAACCUCUGGAGGAGAGAGUUAAUCUCUUUUACAACUUUGUCAAACAAAAGAAGGAGAAUAGAACCAUUGAUGGAGCUGAUAAGGACAUCUUGGCAGAGGCUGAGCGGUUGGACGUGAAGGCCAUGGGCCCCCUGAUCCUCAGUGAGCUUCUGUUUGACGAGAACAUCCGUGAGCAGAUCAAAAAAUACAAACGUCACUUCCUCAGAUUCUGCCACAACAACAAAAAGGCUCAGAAGUAUCUGAUGGGAGGCUUUGAGUGUGUGGUGAAGCUUCAUCAGGUCCAGCUGCUGCCUCGAGUUCCCAUCAUCCUCAAAGACCUUUACGAUGCUGACCUGCUGGAGGAGGACGUCAUCUUUGCCUGGGCAGAGAAGGUCUCUAAAAAAUAUGUGUCGAAAGAGCUGGCCAAAGAGAUCCAUGCCAAGGCUGCGCCGUUUGUUAAAUGGCUGAAGGAGGCAGAGGAGGAAAGUGAGGGCAGUGAGGAAGAAGAAGAGGAAGAAGACGAAAACGUAGAGGUGGUCUACUCUUCCUCUGCCCGUGAGCUCAAAGUUGAGACAGUCAAAGCAGAGACGCCCGAGAAAGAAGAGGAUGACAUCGACAUUGAUGCCAUUUGAGAAACUGGGCUGAUGAUGAUCAAGACGAUGAUAAUGCUUAAAUUUGUUGUGGCUUUGACUCUUGAUGACUGUACAUCCUAAAUGCUUGCCCCUUUCUUCCUUCUGCUUUGUAGCAUGAUUAACCCGAUGCUUCACCUGCUGCUCAUUAACUUGGGUCUGAUUUCUGAGAUUUAUAAAUUGCUUAAGUGAAGUGGAUUUUUGGGAUUUUAAUGUGGGAUCAGGGUGGCUGCACAUUCAGGUUUUGUUUUCUUCAUUUUCGUCCUUCUAUUUUCAGUUAAUAGAAAAGUUUAACGUUGUUUUUCACCACAAACCACCAUUUACUUCACUGUGUCCACUGUUUUAAUGAAUGGAAUAAAAAUGACACUGACUGUGUUCUGUACAGAAACAAG